AUGGAACUCACACCUGCAGAACUUAAAGAUCAAGGAAACAGGCUUUUUAAGGAGGGUCACUACCCUGAAGCUAUAGAAAGCUAUAGGCUAUAGCGCUUUCCCGAGGAUGGUGCGGAAUGGCGCCAUCCUCGGGAAAGUCAACUAAGCAUCCACACGGGAACUGGGUGUUCCACGUGUGGAUGCCAUUUUUGACAUGUGGGAUCCAAACUUCCACAUGUCAAAAUGGCAUCCACACGUGGAACUCCCAGUUCCCGUGUGGGUGCCUUCCUGGCUUUCCCGAGGAUGGCGCCAUUCCGCGCCAUCCUCGGGAAAGCGCUAUAGCUAUUGAAAAUGCAGAUGACGAUCUAAAAGCCAUUUGCUUCGGAAAUAUCAGUUCCUGCUAUUACCGAUUAGGCGAGCUUACUAUGGCAGUGGACUAUGCUGACAGAGCCUUAGAGCUGAAGUCUGAUUAUCAAAAGGUAAGGGAACGGAAAAUCACAAUUCUUCUGCAAGAAAAUAAGCCAAAAGAAGCUAAAGAAGAAAUGGAAAAAGGCGAAAUCAGCGAGGAUCUUAAAAUAGAAGUCGAAAAAGCGGAAAAAGAGUCCUUUGAAAAGGAAAAAGAAGAAAUGAUGGGAAAAUUGAAGGACUUGGGGAAUACUGUGCUAGGGAAAUUUGGGUUAAGUUUGGAUAACUUCAAGGUACAAAAGCAAGAUAAUGGAGGGUAUAGCAUCAACUUCAAUAGAUAA